UUGCGCACGGUUCAAAAACUAGGAGGAAUCGUCCAUUUCCAGUGAAGUCCGAGAUCGUUCCUGUCCGACUCGAAUAUUUCAAAUAAACAAAAAGGAAUCCUCAAAGAAACGAAGAAUAACGCGUGAAAUCAGAAGAAGAAAUUGUGCAAUAAGUAAUAAAAGUAGAGACCAAAUCCAGUUGAAAUUGUGACCAGAAUCUCGUCGAGAAUAAACAAAAGUCCCCCACCAAUACACACACAAAUCACACACACAACAAACACACAAUGAGUGUCUGUGAGAGCAAAGCCGUUGUGCAACAACAGUUGCAGCAGCAGUUGCACCAACAGGCCGCCGCCGCCGCAGUAGCUGCUGCGGCUGCCGCGCAGCAGCAGCAAGCUCAGGCUCAGGCCCAAGCCCAGGCGCAGGCGCAGCAACAGGCCCAAGCACAGGCUCAAGUCCAGUCGCAGCAAGUCCCUCAGGUGGUGGUGCCCCAGCAGCACCUCACGCCGCAGCAACAGCAGCAGAGCACACAGAGCAUCGCCGACUAUUUGGCCCAGUUGCUCAAGGAUCGCAAGCAGUUGGCCGCCUUCCCCAACGUCUUCACCCACGUCGAACGUCUAUUGGACGAAGAAAUUGCACGCGUGCGCGCCUCUCUGUUCCAGAUCAAUGGGGUUAAGAAGGAGCCGCUGACCCUGCCCGACCCCGAGGGCGCUGUGGUGACGAUGAACGAGAAGGUCUAUGUGCCAGUCCGUGAACAUCCAGAUUUCAACUUUGUCGGUCGCAUUUUGGGACCUCGUGGCAUGACGGCCAAGCAAUUGGAGCAGGAGACCGGCUGCAAGAUCAUGGUCCGCGGCAAGGGAUCCAUGCGCGACAAGAAGAAGGAGGAUGCCAACCGUGGCAAACCCAACUGGGAGCACCUGUCCGAUGACCUGCAUGUUUUGAUAACCGUCGAGGACACCGAGAACCGGGCCAAGGUCAAGCUGGCCCAGGCUGUUGCCGAAGUUCAAAAGCUGCUUGUGCCGCAAGCCGAAGGCGAAGACGAGCUAAAGAAACGUCAACUUAUGGAAUUGGCGAUUAUUAAUGGCACUUAUAGGGACACAACAGCGAAAUCUGUCGCAGCUUUUUCAUGCGUUGGCUCUGCUUCUUAUCUGUAUCCCGCAGUGUGCGAUGAGGACUGGCGCCGCCUGAUGGCAGCCUCGGACAGCCGCCUGCUGACGCCCGCCGGCCUGCCCGGCCUUGCCGCCCAGAUCCGUGCUCCCGCCACCGCCCCGCUGGGCGCCCCAUUGAUCCUGAAUCCCCGGAUGACCGUCCCGACCACGGCGGCCAGCAUAUUGUCCGCCCAGGCAGCCCCGACUGCCGCCUUUGACCAGACCGGCCAUGGAAUGAUAUUCGCCCCAUAUGGCGACUAUGCGAACUAUGCCGCCCUCGCCGGCAAUCCUCUGCUCACGGAAUAUGCAGAUCAUAGCGUUGGUCGAUAUAUGCAUGCCGGCUCCGUCUUUUGAACUUCUCUCUCUCUCACUCUCUAUUAUUUUCCCCCUGACAAAACCAACAACAAAUGCAGAAACUAAAUAUAGAGAAAAGAAAACUCCAUUUAAACAAUUGUUUAGCUUAAAGUUACAGUCACACUGAAACAAAAAAGAUAUAUACACACACACGCAAAUGAAUGUAUAGACUGUAUAUAUAUAUACACAAUUUUAUAUUAACUUAGAGACAAAACCAUAAGAGUAAAACGGCACAAAGCAACAAAUAAGAACAGAAAAAGAAAAAUACUCGAACAGAAAAUAAUAUUUACUGCUCGCCAAUGAAUUUAAUUGCAAUAUUCAUCAUCUGUAGUUGAUAGGUGGCAAUAUACAUAGGUGUGCAAUAUGCAAUAUUUGGCAAAAAUAAGUGAUUUUUAGGCCCUUAAUUAGUAGUUGCUUUUUUAAUCUUAACUUUAAUUCUAACUUAAAGUUUCUGUAAUUCCCCCCCCCCAUACACGUUUUUAAAUGAGUAUAUUCUAGUUGAGAACAACAACGAGGGCAGCGGCAACCAAAGCAAGUUGUUGAUUUUCGUUUUUGGAACCCAUGAGUAUUCAAAUUAAAGAGGGCUAAACUUUCAGCUUUCAGUUGCUGAGUUAAUCGAUUCAAUACUUUCCCUUAAUCUUCUUGUAAGUUUUUCCGGUAUGAGGGUCGAGUGUUAAGUGCAAUUUAGAUUUGUAUUAUAUAUAUUUUUUUAUUUGUUUGUUUGUUUGUAUCUAUGUAGUUAUUUUAGUGAGUGUUUGCAACAGGGGGGGACAGUAUUUAUGCACAAAUGUACCUUACACAUACACACAUAUUUAGAGAGAUAGGAAGUCCGUUUCAAUUUUUCCAUCCAGUGCCAUUUCUCGUCAAAAACAAAAAACAAACCACAUAUUUUGCAGAGAAUGGGGACCGUUCUUCAGAAUAGGGUAAAUCUUGGGAACGGAAAGGAGCCUUGAAUCGAGUUGGUGCUUAAUUAGUUAUUUGAAAUACAUCUAAGUUAUGUGGUUGAGGCUCUCCGGCAGCCGUCCAGGAACAGACAUUGAAUGCACGACUAGUCAGCAAGCUGGGAGAUCAAAUUGCUUGAGGAACAAUGGUAAACACAAUCACAAUCAAUCUUGUCUAGAACGUAAUCCUGCUAGGUCUAGGCUAAGCGGCUUGAAAAUCACUUAUUUUGUGGCCACCUCUGAACCAGAACCAAUUACUAUAUAACAUAUAUCGAAUGCAUAGUGACCCACAACACGCACAUAAACAUAAACGACUCAUUCCAAAGAAGCAGAGAAUUUAAAUGUUACAAAGUGAAGGUGAAGUACGAACAGGUGAAGAUGAUUUUCCCCCGUCAGUUGGCAAUUGUGUUGGCUUGUAGGCAAAAGUUCCAGCAGCAGGCAAGCUUCAGUUUGAGCAAGCAUAUUGUAUCUCUAAGGACGAUGUAUGAAAUAUCUACUAGCCCCUAAGACGUAUCUUGUAGCGAACAUAAUGUUCACAUUAUUUAAACAUAUAUAUCUAUAUAUAACCGAUAUAUGCCUAUAUACAAACCAUAUCUACAUGUAUCGUAUCGUAUAUUUUAGUAGGCGCCAUUAAGCAGCAGCGUCGUUUGGCGGCUAACAGAGAACAUCCCUAUCAGCGAGCAACGGUCG